AUGCUGGCGCCUUCUUCAUUCGAGAAGCAGAGCGUCGGGCUCAUCAUGGCGGUCGACAACCCCUACACCACCGUUGCCGGGCUGAGGCUCCUCGCCAUGACCACGGGCAAGGAGGAACACAGGGACACGGCUGACGUUCUGGAGAUGUUCCAGAGGAUGAUCUCUGUGAUGAACGCGCGCGAGAGGAUCGCGCAGCUACAACGGACAGGACACACGGAAACUGAAAUAUUCUUCACAAACAAGAAGCAACUUUCUCCCGAGUUAUGUAUAAUUAUCUUCAAGCCAUCCACUUUCGUCAUGCCACUGUUGAGUUGUCAGGGCCCUCGGAAUCCCCGGCACAUUCGAUCCCGUUCUCUCUUCCGCAGCCGAGAGAGGAGUGUAUCGCCGAACAUCUUCGGUACCAUACUCCCGAGGCCACUCGACAGGGAACGGGAGCAUCGACCCAGGGAGGCAAAGAUCCACAAGCGGAUCUGUAUUGGAAGCUCCCGUCGCACUGGAUCCCACGAAAGAUACGGUGGUAGCCGCUGGUCGGUGCAGAGGGAAGGGUACAGCGGCCCCAGGGACAAUUUUUCUUACGACCGGCGGAGAGACGAUGCACAGAGACAUGAAGAAUUCAUGGCUAGGCGGCUGAAGCAGAGGGAAAGGAUUGGUGAGGAAGGUUGUCCCGAAGUGUGGGGGUCUUUGCCAAGAGUGAAAGAAGGAGACUCUGAUGAAUUUGAACCCACCGAAGACAUUGGAAAAUGUAUCAGGUCGGCAUCAGAUUCGGAAGGUGGGUCCAAGAAGUUCACGAAAAAAAAGGCAAAACGCCGAAAGUCCUCAAGCAGCACAGAGUCUCAAGAAGAGGAGGAAACUGGCGAGAUUAUAUGGGUUGAGAAAGGCUCUGCCGAAGUGGGACGUGAAGUGCUGCUCGCACUCCUGUCUCAGGACGAGAAACCUUUAGAUUUUGGACACGCCUUGCUGCCAGGUGAAGGCGCGGCCAUGGCGGAGUAUGUGAAAGCCGGAAAGCGUAUUCCUAGAAGAGACGAAAUUGGCCUGACGAGCAACCAGAUUGCAGACUUUGAGAAAUUGGGAUACGUGAUGAGUGGUAGCAGGCAUCACCGCAUGGAGGCCGUGCGUCUGCGAAAGGAGAACCAGAUCUACAGCGCCGACGAGAAGAGGGCGCUGGCAUCUUUCAGUCUGGAGGAACGUCAGAAAAGGGAGACCCAGAUCCUGUCUAUUUUCAAGGAGAAAAUAUAUAGGAAGAUCAAAGAAAAAGAGAACAGGGCACGAUGAUUAUUGUAAUAUAUGUAUAUACAUAUGUGUAUAUAGAAAAAUUAUGUAAAUAAAUACCUUAUUGUAAGAUUUCUGAACUAUUUGCUUUCGUUUGUUUUCAUGUGGCCAAAAAAAGUUAAGAUUUGCGACAUGUACAAAAUGCCUUAUGACUCUGCAGAGAAAACUCCAGCUAGUUUUUUGGCCAGCGAAAUA